GUGUCCAGUAUCCGACAUAUUUGACUCUCCGCAGGCUCCGCGACCUCGCACUCCAGCUUGGCAUCCAGCGUGAUUCAGACGCUCCCAUCUUCUCCCUUCGGUUACUUAGAUUUGGUCCUAUCGCAGAAACUAAACAGCCAUGGAUGCCAUCAAGAAAAAGAUGCAGAUGCUCAAGCUUGACAAGGAGAACGCCUUGGACAGAGCUGAGCAGGCUGAGUCAGACAAGAAAGCAUCUGAGGACAGAAGCAAACAGCUUGAGGAUGACCUGGUAGCACUGCAGAAGAAGCUGAAGGGAACCGAGGAUGAGUUGGACAAGUACUCUGAAGCCUUGAAGGAAGCCCAGGAGAGACUGGAGCUUGCUGAGAAGAAAGCUACAGAUGCUGAGGGGGAUGUCGCCUCCCUGAACAGACGCAUCCAGCUGGUUGAGGAGGAGUUGGACCGAGCUCAGGAGCGUCUGGCCACGGCCCUGACCAAGCUGGAGGAGGCCGAGAAGGCUGCUGAUGAGAGCGAGAGGGGCAUGAAAGUAAUCGAGAACAGAGCGAUGAAGGACGAGGAGAAGAUGGAGCUGCAGGAGAUCCAGCUCAAAGAGGCCAAGCACAUCGCUGAGGAGGCCGACCGCAAAUAUGAGGAGGUGGCCCGUAAGCUGGUGAUCAUUGAGAGCGACCUGGAACGUACAGAGGAGCGUGCUGAGCUUUCUGAGAGUAAGUGCUCUGAGCUUGAAGAGGAGCUGAAGACCGUGCAGAACAACCUGAAGUCUCUGGAAGCCCAGGCAGAGAAGUACUCGCAGAAGGAGGACAAGUAUGAGGAGGAGAUCAAGGUUCUCACAGACAAGCUGAAGGAGGCUGAGACUCGUGCUGAGUUCGCAGAAAGAUCAGUCGCCAAGCUCGAGAAGACCAUCGACGACCUGGAAGACAAAGUCACACACGCUAAAGAAGAGAACCUGAGCAUUAAGCAGAUGAUGGAUCAGACUCUACUGGAGAUGGUUAAUAUUUGACCCAUCUCUGUUCCUCUCCACUGACUUCACAUGCUUCAAAUGACCGGCUCCCCCACGCUGCUGCUGCUGCUACAGCUACAGUGGACAUGUGGGUCUGUGUUUAUUUGUACCUCUGGCAUUGUCAACCACAGGGCAAAAGCUCCGUACGAAGUAGCAGCAAAAAGCUUUGAGCCACAGCUCGGCUAUGGUGUUUGUAUCGCACGCUAUGUUCAAAGACCCGUUUUGAGUUCACUGUAGAUGUCCAAUGGUUUACAUGUAUGUGUUGGGACUUUGCACUUUUGGUGAGAAAACAUGCUGCACAUGAUCAUUAUGAAUGAAGCCAUAAUUUAAGCCAGGCCUGUAUAGAAGGGACUUUUAUUAUCUGUACUUUUUUGUAAGGUAAUUUGUGUUUUUCUUUGUUAUAGACUCAGAACUCAGUGUCUGAUCUCUUUCCUCCUGCAGUUUAAGGAUUUCUUUGCACAUCUGCAUUGUGCUGUUCUGUGUCAGCUGAGUCACUUGUGCUCUGUACUGUUUCUAACAUAGAUGUUUUCUCCCUUAAAAGUUUGAUUUGAUUAUUCUGACAUUUUUAUCUUGGAAAUGUAUAAAUCAUGAAUAAAUGAUAAAAUCAAAGCUUA